AGGAAGAGGCGGAGUCAGGGCCCGCCCCGGGACUCCGCGCGGUUCGCCCCCACGCCGUGUGGCCGUCCCCGGGGCCCCGCGCGCUCGCCCACUGCAGUCUCCCCCGCGCAGACAUGGCCUCGAGCGCCGCCAGCGCCGCCGUGAAGAUUGGAAUAAUAGGUGGAACAGGCCUGGAUGAUCCAGAAAUUUUAGAAGGAAGAACUGAAAAAUAUGUGGAUACUCCAUUUGGCAAGCCAUCUGAUGCCUUAAUUUUGGGGAAGAUAAAAAACAUUGAUUGCGUCCUCCUUGCAAGGCACGGGAGGCAGCACACCAUUGUGCCUUCAAAAAUCAACUACCAGGCGAACAUCUGGGCUUUGAAGGAAGAGGGUUGUACACAUGUCAUAGUGACCACAGCAUGCGGUUCCCUGAGGGAGGAGAUUCAGCCCGGUGAUAUAGUUAUCAUCGAUCAGUUCAUUGACAGGACCACCAUGAGGCCUCAGACCUUCUAUGAUGGAAGUCAUUCCUGUGCCAGAGGAGUAUGCCAUAUUCCCAUGGCUGAGCCGUUUUGCCCCAAAACGAGAGAGGUUCUCAUAGAGACUGCUAAGAAGCUGGGACUCCGGUGCCACUCAAAGGGGACGAUGGUCACAAUCGAAGGACCUCGUUUUAGCUCCCGGGCAGAAAGCUUCAUGUUCCGCACCUGGGGGGCAGAUGUCAUCAACAUGACCACAGUUCCAGAGGUGGUUCUUGCCAAGGAGGCAGGAAUCUGCUAUGCAAGUAUCGCCAUGGCAACAGAUUAUGAUUGCUGGAAGGAGCACGAGGAAGCAGUUUCAGUGGACCGGGUCUUAAAGACCCUGAAAGAAAAUGCCAAUAAAGCCAAAAGUUUACUUCUGACUACCAUACCUCAGAUAGGGUCCAUGGAAUGGUCAGAAACCCUCCAUAACAUGAAGAAUAUGGCCCAGUUUUCUGUUUUAUUACCAAGACAUUAAAACAGCAUGGCUGCACAGAAGAAAAGAAGACUUACUAACUCCAGUUGCUUUGAGAAUUCUUGCUUAACUUGAAAAAAACAUGCAGCUGUUACACCCUUGCCUGUGGAAGAACAGGUGAUAAGACGAGAGACACUUCUAAAAGACUUGAACUGCUUCAGAACACGGAAGAAAAGCAAAUGACCAGCAAACGUGUGGGGAGAAAAUUUACAUUUUAGGAAAAAACCCAAGAAGAUACCAUUUUUCUCCCCUUAUUAAAUUUGCAACAAUAAAGGGUUAUGGGUAAUAUCCAGUUUCCUGUGUUGCCAAGGAAUAUGAGGAAGAAAUCGGACUUUGGUUAUUUAUUGAUAUGACUGUAAAUCGGUACAAUAUUUCUGGAGGGCAGUGUGGUGAAAUGCAUCAAAUAGCUUAAAAAUACUUAGGUACAACUUAUCAGAUACAAAGGAUUUUGUAUAAAAAGGAAUGGAUAAUGGUAUUAUAAUAGCAAAUAUUUAAAAUAAUCUGAAUACUCAACAAUGGGAGGUGAUUUUGAUUAUAAUUAGAUUGUGAAUCAGCCAAUUGAAAAUCCUUUUCACAUAAUAUUUCAAUGUCCUAGAGAAAUGGUUGCUCUAUAAUAUGAAAUGAAAAGGGAUAUGUAAGCAUUUUACAGCAAUGGUUUUGUUUUAAAAUGCUGUGAAAAUGUACAAAAGACUAGAAAGAAAUAUAAUCUUACCAUUGAGAACACUUUCUGGUAUUGAAGUGAAAUUUAAGGUGGUAAUAUUAAGGUGGCAAGUGUUGUUUAAGGGUGUUACAUCUUUAUUCUGUUAAAAAAAAUUGAUUUCUGUACAGUCAAAACAAUACUUGGGUUUUGCAACAGCUUUCUGAGAAAAGUUAGGUGUUUAAUACUGAAGUAGUCUAAAAGUUAAACUAUUUAAAAGACAUUAUGCUGUAAGAUAUUUUAAAAAUUAAUGUUUGAUUGCAUUUAUGCUUUUUAUUAAGUUGAUGAAUUAUUUUACAUGAGUUGGUGAUUUUUCUUAAUAAGAAAAUGGAAGAGUGCUUUUUUACACUCUGGUUUUUAUUGUUAACUUUAUAGGAACACUUUUUGUUAAGUUUUCUAUCACAGGGAGAUCUUUUUUCCCCUCAGAAUUAUUUUCUUCUCACUGUAGUCUGUUACAAGAUACUUUAAGAUCCGUGUAUAAGAGCUUUUGUUUAAAGAAUUUGUAAAGUCAAUAUGUUUGUGUCUAUGAGAUUGACUUCAAGAUAUUCAGCUGCUAAUUGUAAACAAUAAAAUAAACUGUUACCUUCCAGUGUUAAUCUUGAGCCAUUUGGGUCACCUAUGAUAUGACUCUUGGAAGCCCUGAUGCAUUCUGAUUGCAACACUGGUUAUCUGUUAGAGGUCCGUGGAGAAUCUAGUGAACUUGAACCGAGGGUUCCCUAGCUCUGUAAGCUGUUUUCACUAUAGUAUGAUAUAGACAGUACCUCACUUUCUCUGGUUCUUAGUAGGUGUCUGAGAAUAUCAAAGCAAAAACGUGGGUAUUUUUCUUGCUGUCUUCAGAAAGUACAAUUCUCUCUACUUGCAGAAGGACUUUUCUUGGCCCAGAGCCUUUUCUAGCAACCUCAUUUUCAGACUUCUCAAAUGCAUGGAAUAUACUCCUGUUUUCUUUGUUACUAGUCAUUCACUCCUUAUAUAAAGCCAAUAUAAUUUUCCUUAUACUUUAUGCUUGAAGAUGUUGAUCGCUUCCUGGAAUGGUUCUCAUUUCUAUGAUACUACACUUUUUUUUUUUUAAGCUACUAAAUUAAGUGAACAUCAUGGUCAGUUUUGAGCAUUUUUAAAUUUCCCCAGCGGAUGGUGGGCAUAAUAGGAAAGCUCUAGUUUAGUGACUUAGCCCCUUAUUAGUUAAUGAAUUGCAUCUUCUUAGAGAGGAGUCUUUGUUGGCAUUAUUAUCUACUGUUGUGUUUGACAUCGAUUUUCAUGGGUCUGAGAAUGACAGCCUGAAUCUUUUAUAUGCAGAGUGUUUAACCACAAAAAUUGAAAAAGGCUGGAACAGCAGGGAUACAUGUGAUUAACUAAAAAUGUUUUGCAGAUUAACCUAAAGUGCAUCCUGGAAUUGUGUGUAAUAAGCAAAAGCUUGGUAAUGGCUAAAAUUCUCAGAGGCAUGGGAUUGUCUAAAUAAACCAAGGUGCAUCAAUUCAAAUAAAUAAUGUGCAGUUAAAAAGAACAAAGAUAUAUCUUUAUGCACCAGUAUGGAACAAUGUUUGUGAUAAAAGUGGAAAUGAGAAAAAUAUGUAAAGUAAAAUAAAUGUGCAGUUUGUAUCUGU